AAUCAUUUGCUCUUCUUUUCAUUUCUCUCUCUUUUUAAAAGUCUCUCUCUCUCUCUCUGUCUCUUGCUCUGUGGGUAGCGUGUAGCUGUAGAAGCUAACAACAUAAUCCUAGUUCUUCCACUGUUCAGAUGCAAAGACAAUGAGAAAGAAAGUAAGUAAGAAAGAACAGAACAGAAUAGAAACAGAGCAUUAUGUUUGUGCCUCGGAAAAGAGCGACACUCAGCUCCAUCCCCUCCUCUCUAUAAUUCCGUGUUUGGGCUUUUAAUCCCGAGACCCAAAAGUAGCAAAAGAAAAAAUAUAAGGUUAAACCAUAAGAAUUUUGUUUGCUUCUAUCUUAAUAAAAGAGAGAAAAAAGAAAAAAGAAAAUUAAAAAUAGGGUUUGUUUGUUAAACACUACAUGGGUUUGAGUGUGUAUGGGGUUUUGGGUUGGGUAUUAACAGUAAAAAAAAAGGUGUACCCUUCCAUAAAGGGCCAAACCAAACCCUUUCCCUUUCAUCUUUGUACCAAACAGAUCGCUCCAUAAAGUAGCUAGGUAUAUGCACUCAUGGCCUCUUCUUCUUCUCAAAAAUCUCACAAACUAAAGGUUAAAGGAGACGAAGAAGGAGAUUGGCUUGAGCUGGGGUUAGGUAUAGGGUUUAGAAGAGCUUGUAGAAAAGAAGAAGAUCAGGGAUCACACCCUCCAGUUUCAAAACCUCUACCAAUAGCAACAUCUUUUGCUGCUUCUUCUUCUUCUUCUUUACCCUUGCAAACCAACCAGCUAGGUUUAGGGUUAGAGUUAAAGGCAAGUGGUUUAGCUUUAAGGUUUGAUAAUGAGGGUGUCAGGCAUGUGGAUAUCAUGGCGCCGCCUAGUAGUAAUUAUCACAACUUGUUGUUGUGGCCAGAUAAUUGUCAUCAUUACCAUGAUAAUAAUGAUGAGGAUGUAGAAAUAGAUGUGUAUAAUGGUUUGCCUGAAUCAUCAUCAUCAUGGCCAUGGCACAUGGAUUCAGGUGCUGCUUUUCUUGGCCUUCAUGACUGCCCAGUGCCGGUUCCCAAUGAUUCUCAUCAUUACGACUCCUCAACUACACGACCCCAUCCUGGUUUUUGGUUUACCCUCCGCUCCUUAACCAACCGGGAUGGGGAAGUGUUGCCUCAAAUACCAAAGGCGUACAUUAGAGUGAAGGACGAGAACGUGACAGUUUUCAUGGUUAAAAAGUACCUGGUUACAAAGCUUGGUCUCUCCAACGAAGCUGAGGUGAUGGAGAGUAGUUUAGGGUUUUGAUCGAUGAAGAAAUGGAUGACAGUCCUAUCUAUCAAUGGUAGCCUCUGGGCUCUGACAAGGCUUCUCAUAGUUCCAUUAAUUUGGUUAGGCAGUCAUUUGACUCAUUUCACUCUCUCUCUGUGUUCUCUUCAAUGUUUGUCUUCAUACAUAAAGAGAUAUUUAGGGGUACGCAUCAGGAAUUAGUGGAAACUACCGGUUAUAGUUCAGCAGUUUUCUUUGGUAUAUAUGUAGAGUGAACUGUAGUUUCAUAAUUA